GCCUCGUCAAAGCACGCCACAGCACGCCACCUGCGCUCCACGCCCCCUCGCAUCCACGGCGUCAGCUGGAGCUCCCGCAGCCUCUCGGUCCCCCACUGAGCCGUGGUCGGUUGGUGCGCCCUCGGUUCCAGGAGCCCCCGGAUCCAGCAGCGCUCCUCUCUCCCCCGGGGAUCCCCGACCCUCUCUGACGCGCAGGGCGCACGGAUCACACCUCUCACCCGCCUGGAACAUUGUGUCCUCGCUGGAGAGAACAUGACAGCCAAGCAUCGCAAAGGGAAAAGCAACCACAAGCAUGAGGACAACUUUUUCAAAAAUGAAGUUCUGGAAGCAGAAGCCCGCUCCGGGGGAAAUUCGUACACACUCUUUCUGAUUUUAACGGUGCUGCUUCUGAUCGGCGGCUUCACGGGCGCCUGGUUCUGCUUCCAGCAGCACCAAACUUUAACCUACUUAACUGACAACCUCAUGGGCAUCCAGAUGAAGAUUGUGAAGCUGCAGUCUUCUCAUGAAGACCUGCGACUGGCAAAUAAGAAACAAAUCCCAGAGAGUGUGGAGACCCGCCUGACGGCCCUCGAGGAGUCUUAUGUAGUGGCUCAGAAGAAAGUGGGCAUGGCCUUGGCUACGGCCGAGCAGCUGAAGAUGUCGGACCUGCCCUCUCAGGUGCUGUCCCUGCAGACGGAGAUGAACGCCCGGCUGGCAGAGAUGCAGCAGGCCACGGUGUCUCUGGAGCAACUGGGCCAGCUGCAGGGCCUGUUGACGGGGAAGAACGAGGAGCUGGAGGAGGUCAGGAUGCAGGUGGAAGGUCUGGAGGAGGUCAGGAUGCAGGUGGAAGGUCUGGCCGUAACAACGGGGGAACUGUCCCAGACAGUCGAGGUCCUCGCCAAGAGCCGGGGAGAAGCACAUACAAAGCUGGAGGAGAAAUACGGUCAGCUAGCCACACUGAGCGCCGCCCUGGAUGGACAGGCCACAGAGAUGAGCAGGCUGGAGGAGCUGCUGGGCACCUACCGGGCUCAGGUGGAGACGACCGUAUCGGAGAUGGCUGCUAUCAGAGAGCUGCUUGAGACUGAACGCUCCCCGCAGCCGCAGGAGGCCGGUCAAGAAGAGCAGCUCAAUAAGCAGGUGCACGAGACCCAACCUGCCACUGAGCCUCUGGAGCACACAGAGGAAGAGGAACCUGAAGCAGCUGGAGAGGAAGAGGCAGCUGAUGCAGGGACAGCUGAAGAAGAAGAAGAGGAAGAGGCAGCUGAUGAAGGAACAGCUGAAGAGGCAGCUGCAGCUGAAGAAGAGGCAGAAGCUGCUGCUGCUGCAACUGGAGAGGAAGACCAGACACCCCCUGCAGCUCAAGCACAAGAAGCCUUCUUUUUCCAGGAAGAAAGUGCAAAGGUAGAUGAUGAAGAAGUCGAUUCACAAGGUGCAACUCCUGUGGAGCACGAGGAAACUCUUCCUGAAGAGGAGGAAGAGGCAGCCGGGGAGGGGGAGGAGGAGCAGGAGGAGUCUGUUGCUGUGUCUGGAAAGGAAGAGGUGGACACAACCCACGCUGAAGAGGAGCCGCAGAGGGUUGAAGAGCAAAACCAGGAAGCUGAUAAAGAGAAAAUUCGGGUGGAGUUGGUAGUUGAAGAGGAGAUCCAGGAAGAGGCAGCAGCAGAGGAGGAAGAGGAGGAGGAGGCGGAAGAGGAGGAGGAGGAGGGGGAGGGGGACGAGGAUGCUCCACUAGGGCAUGAAAAUGAUUAUGCAGAUGAUGUGAUCGAAUAUGAUGGCGAGGAAGAGCAGGGAGGAGCAGGUGAAGAGGAAGAAGAGGAGGCUUUACCAGAAAACAAGUAGUGAAACAUUAAAUAAUGAAACAUCACUACAACGAGCCCCCGCCCCCCCACACCCAUCCCCAUCCCCAUGCUGGCGAUAUAUCCAUCAAGGAAAACAGGAACUUUCUCGCACUCCCAUCACUGUCUACAACUCAACACGUACCUGUACUGUAGAAGAAGGCGUUAUUGCUGCUCGUUUUAGUGGCUGCUUUCCGAAAGAACGACUGAAUCUUAAGAACAGAGUGAAGGUGGAGUCUGACUGAAGCCCGUACCUCAUCUGAUGGCUUUUAAGUCCAGGGCUCAGUCAGGUUUAACCUGCCAGUCACCACCAGCAAAGCCUUAAUACACAAAAGUACUGUUUUUUUCUUAGGAGAAUUUUCCUCUCUUCAUAACUUACUGUAGAUUAAAUCCUUCACCAAACUGGAAAAACUAAAAGUCAGUGAUGCGACAAUAAACCACUGCAUUAACUAACCCGAGUGCCCUUGAAGCCAUAAAUAAUGCAUGUCUUGGUGCCAUUACAGGUUUUCUUUUUCUUUUCAUGCCUGAAAUGCUUCAUGUGGGUGAAGAAUGGAGGCUGCAGCAAUGUAUUCGGUUGCAGUUGUUUACACAGGAGCAAGCGCCAUAUGUAGAGCUAGCAAAAAGAAGAGAAAUAGAAAUCAAUCCUUAUCGUUUUCUUUAAAGAAUGACAUACUUUAGAUUUUUUUUAAUUUUAUGAUUUAUUAUUAUCCUUAUUUGAGUUCAGUUCUUUCUAAGUAGAGUUUUGUUUGAUAUCAUUUAAUCGUUGUUAUCGGAGGAAUCUUGAAAAGUGCGUCAGUAAAUUCGCACAUACUUUAGGGAGAAGAGGUGAGUCUUUGAUAAACAACUUAAAAUGAUCUAUGCAUUCAGAAGCAUCAAGUAGCAAAAUAAAGCAUCUCAGGGAGAAAUUUGUCUCCAUAAAUAAGCCAUCACAUUAAUCCCACGUGCUCUCACACACACACACAAACAACAAAACCACUCUAAGUGAGCUUAUUUACAUAAAUUGUUGUAAAUGGAGAGCUUAGGUGGGGAGCGACAAUCAUGGGAGAUCGGUGCCAAACGCAGUGGGUGAAAUUAAAUCAGUCGGGUUCAGCAGCACGUGGGUCGAGCUGAAUUCCCCCCCACUCUGCAAAGUCUUCGUAGCUUCAUGCUUUGCAGAAGUGUUUUGUAGCCAACGACAUGCGUGUGAAACGAUGCAGUGCUGCGCAGUGCUUGUCAUACAACCACGGAUGAGGACUCUCUUGGACAUGUGUUGCACAGAAGCACACACCACAAGGCCUUCCUGGAGAGGCUCUGGAAAGGACUAAUAAUGUGAAUCCUUACGUAAUGCAAGAGAUGUGAAGUCUCUACUCGAGCGAAACCUGUGAACCUGCGAUCCAGGUGUAAUCAUUGUAUAUUGUAUAUUUGCAUUUUUACUAUAUCUUAUAUUACAUGUGCUGUUUUUGCCAAGAAUGCUGUUACAAUCUGUGUAACACACAUCCUGUUUUUCAAAUAAACUUUCUUUUGUUGCCUUUUGUAAA